CCGGUCACUCUCGCGCAUUCUCAAAUUUAGAAGACCUUGACUAAUGUCAAACUUUAUUAUUGUUGCAUUUGAACGCGUUUCCGAAAUGUUUAUUUUAAAUGUUUUUGAAUGAUACAUAUGUACUGUUUUGAUGUAGUUCGUAGAAAUUGUUGUAAUAAUAUCAAGUGAAAGAGACAGUAUGCUGUGUUUUAGUAAAGUGCGAGUGAGUAGACUAAGGUGUAAGGUGGAUCGUUUGUACGAUCGUGUUCUGUACCAUUCGGGCGCGGGAGUCUUCGGGCAUCGACCGACGAUUGCAGAUGAAUACGAGAUUCCAGAGGACAUAAUAUCAAAAAGAUCUAAGAACUGCCGAGCGCAACAGCUGGUCAACGCCUACCGUACGUACGGACAUCUAAAAGCUACUAUAGAUAACGUAGACUACAGAAAUGAAAGCAGGAAUAUCAAAGAGCUGCAUUAUUCGAGAUACGGUCUCGAUCCCAAAGAAACAGUUGACACAGGACUCCUGUAUGGUUAUAGCGGCAACAACUCAAUCAAAAGCUUAGUCGAUGAACUGGUUAAAAUAUAUUGCGGGCAUAUAUCGUAUGAGUUCACGCAUUUGGAGUCAGAAGCAGAAAGAGAAUGGUUCGCUCAGCGCAUCGAAAGCGGUGUAGAUCCUGUGGAAAACGAUCGAAGAAUCGAAAUUCUCAAAGAAUUACUCCAUUCUCAAGCCUGGGAUAAAUUCCUCUCAAUCAAGUAUCCCACUGUGAAAAGAUAUUGUGGCGAAGGGGCUGAAUCAUUAUUGACCUUCUUUUCAACUUUAUUUCGACUUACAACAUCAGAAAGAAUAGAACAAGUCAUCUUAGGAAUGGCCCAUAGAGGGAAGUUGAACGUCCUCAGCGGGCUAUUACAGUGUCCUCCGGUCAAGAUCUUCCACAAGUUUACAGGAAGACCAGAGUUUCCGGACGAAGCAAACGCGGCUUGUGAUAUUUCAACCCAUCUCAGUGCAUCAAUAGACAUAAAAGUGAACGAUAGACAUGUUCGAUUUUCCUUACUAAAUAAUCCCUCACAUUUAGAGGCCGUGAACCCUGUUUCAAUGGGAAAGACAAGGUCAAAGCAACUGCAUUUAAAAGAGGGACAGUACUCACUGGACGACUCCUCCAGAAUGGGAGACAAGGUGCUGAAUGUUCAGGUACACGGAGACGCAGCGUUUACCGGACAAGGAGUUAACCAGGAGACUCUGAUGCUCUCUCAGGCUCCACACUUCAAUGUGGGCGGGUCCCUGCACGUGGUCGUCAAUAAUCAGGUCGGCUUCACCUUGCCAGCGUAUCGGGGUCGUUCUUGUCGCUACGUCACGGAUUUAGCUAAGUGCAUUUCGGCCCCUGUUAUACAUGUAAAUGGUGAUCAUCCGGAGCUAGUGGUGAGAGCGACGAACAUUGCGUUCGAGUAUCAAAGGAAGUUCCGUAAGGACGUCUUCAUAGACUACAAUUGCUUCAGGAGAUGGGGACACAACGAACUCGACGACCCGACCUUCACAAACCCACGUCUUUAUAAACUAAUACAUAACAGGAAGUCGAUUCCCGAUGUUUACGUUGAAAGAUUAAUAUCAGAAGGCGUUGUUACCGAAGAGGAUGUGAAUAACAUCACUAGUGAAUACACCAAGUACCUACAAUCGCAAUACGAAGCGGUGAACACGUACCAACCAGAGGUAUCAUAUUAUCAAGAACAGUGGUCGUCGAUGUCACCUGCUCCAAAAGCAAUAGAGACGUGGGAUACUGGAGUAGACGAAAAUCUUUUGAAGACAAUAGGACAAGCAUCUGUGAGAAUUCCCAGUGAAUUUAAUAUUCAUCCACAUUUAGCUAAAACGCACGUUAAGAAUAGAUUAUCUAGAAUAUCCGAAGGCAAAGAUCUGGACUGGGCGACAGCUGAGACUCUGGCUUUUGGUUCUCUUCUAAUGGAGGGGCGCAAUGUGAGGCUUAGCGGCGAAGACGUCGGCCGCGGUACAUUCUCGCACAGACACGCGAUGCUUGUCGACCAGGAAACCGAAGCUAUACACGUUCCGUUAAAUCAUAUGCACGAGGACCAAAAAGGAUUUUUGGAAGUGGCUAAUUCAAUACUAUCCGAGGAAGCAGUGCUGGGCUUUGAGUACGGGAUGGCCUACGACAGCCCCGACAAUCUCUGUAUAUGGGAGGCGCAGUUUGGCGACUUCUACAACGGAGCUCAAAUAAUAGUGGACGCGUUUAUAGCUUCCGGAGAAUCCAAGUGGGUCCGCAGUAACGGGCUGGUGAUGCUUCUCCCGCACGGGUACGACGGCGCCGCGUCAGAGCACUCCUCGUGUCGGCUCGAGCGAUUCCUCCAGUUGACCGACAGUCCGGAGAGCGCGCCGGACUCGGAGGCUGCGUGUCUGCACGUCGCCAACCCGACGACCCCGGCCCAGUACUUCCACUUGUUGAGGAGACAGGUUGUCCGUAACUACAGGAAGCCGUUGAUAGUUGUAGCUCCGAAAUUGCUGCUCCGCUUAGCCGAUGCCGUCUCGCCCCUGUCCGAUUUCGCACCCCGUACUCACUUCCAGCCAGUAAUCGGUGACGGUUUGGCUGAUGCGUUGAAAGUGAAGCGGGUGAUCUUUGUAAGUGGUAAGCAUUACUACGAGCUGAACAAAGAGCGCGUGCGGGCGAGGCUGGAGGACGUGGCCAUCGUGAGGGUGGAAGCACUCGCACCCUUCCCCCUCCCGGAGCUACAGACGCAACUCAGCAAAUACAAAAACGCCACGAAGUUUAUCUGGAGUCAAGAGGAGCACAGAAACAUGGGAGCGUGGAGCUUCAUGAAGCCUCGCUUCGAAAACCUUUGCGGGCGAAAGUUGGUGUACGCGGGAAGGUCUGAGGCGCCGACCCCCGCGGUGGGCGCUAGUUCACUUCAUCGCGUCGAAGUUGAGCACGUGUUGAAAGAACCAUUGUAUAAUUUAAAAUAAU